AUGGCUCCAUCUGAUCCUUCUAUCAAUCCUUCCCCGCAAGAUGCCCCCUCAAUUCCUUCAAUACUCCUUGAAGAAGCUGAUGCAGCGGCAGCUUCUGCACUUGAGGAAGGAGGAGACGCAAAUGUCGCCAGUCCGGGUCCUGAGGGACAUGUUCGACACCAUGGUGACGCUUCCACCAACGUGGAGGAGGUACCUCCGCCUGCCUACAAUGGUGCAGACUAUGGCCAGUUAGAUAUUGACCAGAACGGUAUGGAAACGGGUGCUCGGAUUGCUAGUGAUGGCCGAGUCAACAUCAAGAUCAACCAGCGCAGUUGCAAACUCACGGACCUGCUCAUCCCCGCUCUUCGUCGCCAACUCGAACUGCAGAGAGAGAAAGCUGCUGCGAAGCCUUCGGUUCCUGAAGGCUUAGGCGAGACAGAAGGCUUACCACCUCCUCCUAUGAACAUUGUUAUCCAGAUUGUUGGUAGCAGAGGAGACGUGCAGCCAUUUGUAGCAUUGGGACAGGUGUUGAAGAACAAGUACAAUCAUCGUGUGAGGAUAGCGACUCAUCCUACGUUCAAACAAUUCGUCAAUGAAAACGGCCUCGAGUUCUUCAGUAUAGGUGGAGAUCCGGCCGAGCUGAUGGCAUUCAUGGUCAAGAAUCCUGGUCUUAUGCCCGGUUGGGACUCCCUCAGGAAUGGCGACGUGGGAAAGCGGAGGCGCGCAAUCUACGAGAUGAUCACGGGAUGUUGGCGGUCGUGCAUCGAAGCUGGUGAUGGCACUGGCGUGCAGGUAACCGACGACAAUAUGGAUACUCGCAGCUUCGACAGUGGCGUUUCUUUGAAUGGCGACCUGACGCAGAAACCCUUCAUCGCUAAUGCCAUCAUUGCGAACCCGCCCAGUUUUGCACACGUCCACAUUGCCGAGAAACUUGGUAUACCUUUGCAUUUGAUGUUUACUAUGCCUUGGUCGCCUACGCAAGCCUUCCCUCACCCGCUUGCCAACAUCAUCUCCUCCAACACCGACCCUAAUAUGGCCAACUUUGUCACAUAUGCUUUAGUUGACAUGCUGACCUGGCAAGGUCUGGGCGACAUUAUCAACCGGUUCCGUGAGAGAACCCUCGGCUUAGAGCCUGUCAGUAUCAUGUGGGCGCCAGGGAUGACAAGCCGACUAAGAAUUCCAUGGACUUACUGCUGGUCUCCUGCCUUAAUCCCAAAGCCAGCCGACUGGGGCGACCAUAUUGACAUUUCUGGAUUCUUCUUUCUAAAUCUCUCUACAAGCUAUACCCCUCCACAGGAACUGGCAGACUUUCUAGAGGCUGGUCCUCCUCCUGUCUACAUUGGCUUCGGUUCAAUAGUGGUCGACGAUCCUAAUGCGAUGACUAGGAUGAUCUUCAAGGCUGUUGAGCAGACAGGACAGCGAGCAAUCAUCUCCAAAGGUUGGGGUGGCCUGGGAGCUGAUGAAUUGGGUAUUCCUGAUGGUGUAUUCAUGCUGGGCAAUUGUCCUCACGAUUGGCUUUUCAACCGCGUUUCUUGUGUUGUCCAUCAUGGCGGCGCUGGGACCACAGCUGCUGGUAUCUUGGCUGGUCGCCCAACUGUGGUCGUUCCCUUCUUUGGUGACCAGCCAUUUUGGGGCUCGAUGCUAGCGAGGGCUGGUGCGGGUCCACCCCCAAUCGCGUACAAAGACCUGACGUCGGACAAGUUGGCGGACUCGAUCAAAGAAGCACUGAAACCAGAGUCGCUUGAGCGUGCUAGGGAAUUGAGCGCGAAAAUCAGGUCGGAAGACGGCACAAGCGUCGGAACUGAGUCGUUCCACAAGCAUGCCAAUUUGCCAGAGCUAAGGUGCUCUUUGCUGCCAACGCGCACAGCAGUCUGGACAGUCAAGAAAACCAAUAUUCGACUAUCACCCCUAGCUGCUGCGGUCUUGGGGAACGAGGGACUACUUGAUUUUUCCGACCUGAAGCUUUACCGGCCUCGAGAAUAUGAGGCGGAGGACGGCCCCUGGGAACCGAUCUCGGGCGCUGCAGCAGCAUUGAUCGGGACAAUCGGCAACCUCUCGAUGGGUGUCGCCGACUUCCCCGUGGAAAUACUGAGGUCGCUGAGAACGGCUUCGGGAGACCUAAAAGAGAUUCGCGAGAAGAGAAAGGCUCGCAGCGGUGCGUCUACACCUAUUCCUGGAGGGGAGGCCGCAAGCAUAAACGAGGCAAGGUCUAGUGAAGAAACAUCAACCCCAACGCUGUCAUCUGCUGCAUCAACAUGGGCAAUGUCAGAAAAAAGCCAGGAGGCUGGGUCAGCUUUGCCGAAGGGAAACGCGAUGGCAACUGUUAUGUCGGCAGACGGAUCUAUAAGGAGCCCUCAAUCUCACCGUCGCAGUUCCUCGCAUCACCGCUCUCGUUCUGGGUCGCCUUUGCCGCGUGCCGAAGGUGGCCGGACUCCAUCCACAGGCGAGGAGGUUGGUCAGGUCUCACUUGAGACAGCCAUAGAUGGAGUCAGAGCUGUUGGAAAGAUUGUUUCGGCUGGGAUGAAAUCUCCCCUUGAUUUUACACUAUCGUUGGCCAAAGGUUUCCACAAUGCCCCCAAGUUAUAUGGUGACGACACAGUCCGUCGAAAUGAGAAGAUUGUGGACUUCCAGUCAGGCUUGAGGGUCGCAGGAAAGGAAUUUGGCUACGGGUUCUACGAUGGCAUAACAGGACUGGUCACUCAACCUAUGGCAGGUGCCAAGAAGGAGGGAGCUGCUGGCUUUAUCAAAGGAGCGGCCAAGGGCUUCGGAGGACUUAUCCUCAAACCUGGUGCGGCAAUAUGGGGCCUGCCAGGGUAUACAGCGAAAGGACUCUACGCGGAGAUCUCCAAACGGUUUGGCAGCUCGGUGCAGAACUACAUUAUUGCUGCUCGAGUUGCCCAAGGCUACGAGGAUUGGAAAACAAGUACUCCUGAGGAGAGGGCACAGAUUGUUUCUAAGUGGAGGGAGAGCUUACCUGAACCUCGGAAAAGUGGAGCACCUCAGAAGAAGGAGAAGGAGCGCGAGGCACCAGUCGAAAGCGAUACCGGAACGCAAACGCAAACUGGAAGUGGUGAAUCUACGGAACUGCCUAGUGGCUUCUGGAACACAAGACAUCUCAGCUUCGACGAGCGAAAGGCGCUUGCGGCAAAACGUGACCAACUGAAGAAAGAACAGAAGGAGUUGCAGCGACGAGAAAAGGAGGCUAAGAAGGCGGAGAAGAAGAGUGCUACCAAGGCAAAGAUGGGGAGCAACUUCCGGCCUGCUGACCACGAGAACAGCCAGCCCGUGAACCUGGAUGAUGCUUAUGAACACGCCAUUCAGACCUCGAUUGAAGCCACGAGCAGAGGUGACCCGGUAGAGGAUGCGCUCAUUGAAAGAGCGCUUCGCGCCAGCUUGCGAGAGUUGCACGGGGCAUCUAGGUCUAGGGCCACAACUAACAUGGACGAGAACGACGAAGCCUACAACUUGGCGAUCAAGGCAAGUAUGCAAGAGUACAAGGCCGCACAGGCUGAGCAACAACAGUCUGCGUCGGGUGGAUCUGCAUCUGUUGCUGUUGAGCAUGCCGAAGGAGAAGAAGAAGAAGAAAAAGAUGAUGAGCUUGAAAAGGUGCUUAAGCAAAGCCUGGAAGAGUUCAAGGCUGCGCAGCCUGUAACUUGGGGUGACCGCACUGGCUGGAAACAUUCCGGCGAGCACGAGACCAAUAUUGCUCCCACCGCCGAUGACGACGGCGAAUCUGAUGACGAGGCGUUGAGACAGACAUUAAAGGAGAGCCAAAGACUCCACGUGGAGAAUGAGCAGAAGAAGAAAGGCAUUGCUGGUCUAGAAGCCUCGAUGAUGAUGACAGGUGGUCUAGAUGAUGGCCCCGCUGUCGCUAACGACCUGCCCGGGAAGCUCGAGCUUGACGAAGGUAUCGGUGACGGUGAGGAACAGGAUUCCGUGCAAGGUGAACAACAGCCACACCGGCAGGAGAGCAGUUCUCUGAGCAAGCAGCGGACGGAGGAGGAGAUUGUGCUGGAAUACGUCAAGAAGCAGAGCUUGUUGGAGCAGGAGCUGGAGAAUGCUCAUCAGGGGUCGGGGUCGGCCCCGUCCGGCCCUGGGACCAGUGGAUAA